UACAUUGCCGCAAAGCGGAAGUGUGGUGCUUAGCGGGAACCGGCGCCCGGAAGGUCAGCGUGUGAAGGAGGCGGUGGUAACGCGGGGCUACCCGCUGUUACCGAGGAGCAGCCGCCCAGCAGAAGACCCCCGACCUGAGGCAGCGGCGGAAAGCAGUCAGGCAGUUUGCUGCGACACCAUGGAAGGCGGCGGGGGAAGUGGCAACAAAACCACAGGGGGGUUGGCCGGCUUUUUCGGAGCCGGCGGAGCAGGUUACUCCCACGCGGAUUUGGCUGGCGUCCCGCUAACUGGUAUGAACCCUCUGUCUCCUUAUUUAAAUGUGGAUCCACGAUAUCUUGUGCAGGAUACAGAUGAGUUUAUUUUACCAACUGGAGCCAAUAAAACCAGGGGCAGAUUUGAACUGGCCUUCUUUACCAUUGGAGGAUGUUGCAUGACAGGCGCUGCAUUUGGAGCAAUGAAUGGUCUUCGGCUAGGACUGAAGGAAACCCAGAACAUGGCCUGGUCCAAACCAAGAAAUGUACAGAUUCUGAAUCUGGUGACUAGGCAAGGGGCACUUUGGGCAAAUACUCUAGGUUCUCUGGCUCUGCUCUAUAGUGCAUUUGGUGUUAUCAUUGAGAAAGCAAGAGGUGCAGAAGAUGACCUCAACACAGUAGCAGCUGGAACCAUGACGGGCAUGUUGUACAAAUGUACAGGUGGUCUUCGAGGGGUAGCACGAGGUGGUCUGACAGGACUAACACUUACCAGCCUCUAUGCACUAUAUAAUAACUGGGAGCACAUGAAGGGUUCCUUGCUUCAACAGUCACUCUGAAGGCUUUGCCAACCCAUGAAUGAAGGACACUUCAGUAGUCAUCCAGAUCAAUUUAUAAGUCAGUCUGGAGUUAUUCUCUCUCUUCUACCUACAAUUAGUUUGAAAAAUUGGAGAUUCUGGUUUGCUGUGAUGAAGAUGAAGAUGGUUGACCCAGGACUGGCAUUUCUUCCAGCCAUUAGUGAGCUGAAGCCAAAGGUGGCUCACUGAGUGAAGUGGUUUUCUUCUACUUUGGAGAAGAUCUUGCAUCUCUCUGUUCUCUUUCUUCCCCUCUGAACUGGAAAACCACUUACUCCAAAAAUUCAGGUCAUGCUUGUUGUCAAUACUUUUAUCACCAAGUCUGUUCAUUUAAUGAUCUAAAACUGUAAUGUUGCACUGUAUUCCGAAUAAAGGGUAAAAACAGAACCAGUUAUCACUCCAA